CGCACUGGAAGGAAGUGGCCACUGAAGUUGUUAGUGCCCGGUGUUAGCAUCAUCAGUGGGUGUAGCUCAAGUAAUAUUAUAGACAGUCGACAGGAGUGAUACAUUAUAUCGCCAUGGAUGAAACAUACGAUGUCAUCGUUAUGGGCACAGGCCUGAAGGAAUGCAUCCUCAGUGGAAUGCUCUCUGUGUCGGGCAAGAAGGUUCUUCAUUUAGACAAGAACACGUACUACGGUGGUGAAAGUGCCUCGCUCACUCCUCUUGACCAGGUGUAUCAACAUUUCGGAAAGCCAGAAGUGGGUGACAAAUUCGGCAGAGGAAGAGACUGGAAUGUCGACCUCAUUCCCAAAUUUCUUAUGGCUAAUGGCCAGCUGGUGAAGCUGCUGAUCCACACCGGUGUGACCCGCUACCUGGAGUUCAAGUCUGUGGAUGGAAGCUAUGUGUACAAAGGUGGAAAGAUCUACAAGGUUCCCGCUGAUGAGAGGGAGGCUCUGGCUUCUUCUUUGAUGGGCAUCUUUGAGAAGCGUCGCUUCAAGAACUUCCUGCAAUACGUCCAGGACUACGACGAGAACGACCCAAAGACAUUCAAGGGCGUGGACCCGUCCAUGUCUGCCAAGGCGCUGUACGAGAAGUUUGGCCUUGACGCCAACACGCAGGACUUCACAGGUCACGCCCUCGCGCUCUACAGAAACGACCAACUGAGUGCCAUCUACGGCGGCACCUACAUGCUGGACAAGCCCGUCGACAAGAUCGUGAUGGAGGACGGACACGUGGUCGGUGUGUCGGACGGCAAGGACACGGCCAAGUGUAGCGUUAUAGUCUGUGAUCCCACCUACGCCCAGGACCGCUGCAAGAAGGUCGGACAGGUGGUGCGUGCCAUCUGCAUCUUGAACCACCCCAUAGAGAACACCAAAGACGCCCAGUCGGUGCAGAUCAUCAUUCCCCAGAAUCAAGUGGGCAGGAAGGAUGACAUCUACGUGUGCAUGGUGUCGGCCACACACAACGUCUGUGCCAAGAACUACUACCUGGCCAUCGUGGCCACCACCGUGGAGACAGACAACCCCGAGGCGGAGCUCAAGCCCGGCCUUGACCUUCUCAAGGGCGUGGAAGAGAAGUUUGUCAGUAUUGUGGAUCUGUAUGAGCCUUUGGACGAUGGACAGGACAGCAAGAUUUUCAUCUCUAAAUCGUACGACGCCACGACCCACUUUGAGACGACCUGCGACGACGUGCUUGACCUGUUCAAGAGGAUCACCGGGGAGGACUUUGACUUCUCCAAGGUCAAACACACAGACGUCGAGGCUGUCGGAGAGUAGGCGGCUCGCUUCGGGGAAGGGGCGCACGCACACAGACACACACACACACACACACACACUCACACACACCAUGCCCACCGGGUGGGGGGAUUCAGGCCAACUUGUCGUAGGACUUUUGGGGCCGCUCAGCCCUGUGCACACCACUGCAUGUCUGUCUAUCACUUCAUCCCAUUGUAGGAAAAGAAGACUUUUUUGACUUAAAAAUUGUUGUUGUUUUUUUAAUUGUAAGCUCUGACCCCCGACCCCUUCACCCCUCCAUCGCACACACAUGGUCAUGUGGCUGUGUCAGAACAAGGAAGAACCAGGAAGCUGAAGGGCCCUAGCCUGCCGAGAUGUACUUUUCAUUCAUGACUUUUUUGUGGACAUGUGUUUGUGUGCAUAAUAUGACGUCUUUGUCCUACUCAUUCGUGUGUGUUUUAUUUGUUCAGUGUAUGAUGGCUUCAUUGACAAGAUUUUUCCUCCUCACUCACAAUCUACUCAAAAAACAAAAAUGUCUGCUUACUUUUUCUUUUCCAGUUUUUUCUUUCUUCCCCCCCACCUCGCUCCCUGAAUAACUGCGCUGUUUUGAUUAUUGUUAUUAUAAUAAUACCAUGGUUGCUGUUAACGAGCUGUAACUUGUCAUGUGGUCGGAGGCCAGGUGAAAGCUUGCCAAAGUGGUCGUCGACUCUUGUGUCUGGCACCCCUGACCGAGCCAGAACGGACGGGUUUGUCCGCGGCGACUCGUUGGAAGGAAGGAAGGUCAACAGGUCUCCCUGCUAGAAUAACAAAUCUUUUCUGGUCCAGUAUGAGUUAUUCACUGUUGCACCCCGCUUUUUGUACGUGGAAACACGCGCACCAUGUGGGCGCUCUGCCCAAACCCUGGUCUGUCGUUGGGCUCAAGUGUGCUCGUACAAGACCUGCUGAGUACUCUCGAUGACAUCCAAGCCCUCAGGAUGUUUUUUUUCCCUGUUCAUUGAUGAACCCCAGCUGGAAAUGCAUAAAAAUACGAUUUUUUCUCGAAUUUUGUUUCAGUCAGUCGCAUGCACGCAAUUUAUUGUAAAUGGCUUGAAAAUACACUGGUUUCUUUGCAAUAUUUGCUACGACUUAGUGUAAAUGGCGAGAAAUACACUUUUUUAUUUGUGCAUGUAUUUACUAUACAUUUUUAUUCGCUACUUUUGGUUUGGAAUGUUAUCUUAAUCAGCUGGAGUUCUGGAGACUCUGAAUGAAUUUUAAAGAGGAUUCUGAGGAGAACAUGAAAUUUGGGUCAUGGGUGGUUGGUAGGUCUGUGCUAUGCCUCUAGAGAGAUAGAGAGAGAGAGCUAGAUAAAAAUCUGGGAUGGAGGCUGGAUGGAGAUACCACUACAAAAGAAAAAGAAAAA